AUGGAAAAGGCCAACAGCUGGCUCGACGUCCCGUCGUCGCUCCUCGGCGGCGGGCGCUCGCGCUUCCUGCGCAUCGUGGCCCUCGUCUCCCUGUGCCUCGUGCUCGCGUUCGUCUACAGCAGCACCGGCAGCGCCAGCACCGCGAGCGCAUUUGGCGGCCGGCACAAGCUCUACACGGGGCCGACCUCCAAGGCGGCCGUGGCCCAGCCGUCCCGCGCCGAGCGCCGGCUCAUGGACGCCGCGGGCAACGCGACGCUCGGCUUCGGCUCGAUCCAGUUCAUCAACCUCCCGCUGCGCUUCGACCGCCUCGACGCGGCGACGCUGCAGGCGUGGCUGUCGGGCAUCGACAUUGUCGAGGUCCACGGCGUCGGCACCGCCGAGAUCAACGACGUCGGCAUGCCGCCGGAGCACCUGACGCGGGUCAAGAAGGCGGAAAAGGGCUGCUGGCGUGCCCAUGCCAACAUCUGGAGCCAGAUGCUCCGCGACAAGACCCCCGCGGUCCUCAUCCUCGAGUCCGACGCCGCCUGGGACGUGCAGGUCCGCGCCAUCAUGCGCAACCUCAACCAGCACUUCACCUACCUCCUCUCCGCGGUGCAGUCCAAGGCGCUCCCGAACCCAAGCUUCUCCGGCCGCGGCGGCGGCGGCCCGCUCGUCCUCGACCCCAGCGACCCCUGGCACAGCACGCACUGGGACUUGCUGUCCCUCGGGCAGUGCUUCGAGGACCCCAAAAACAAGGACACGGCGGUGCGCUACCCGGACCCGCACGUCAAGCCGGGCAACGACUACUUUGGCGACACGCUCGGCGCGGAGCGCGUGGUGCGGCAGUCGGGUGGCAUCGUGUGCACGACGGCCUACGCCGUCUCGCAGACGGGCGCGGCCAAGCUGCUGCUGCGCAGCGCCGUGGACCUCGACAACCCCGUCGACCUGGUCAUGCGGCGCAUGAUCCUCUCGGGCGACCUCGUCACGUACAGCGUCAUGCCGACCGUCUUUGCGCAGUGGGAGUACAUGGACGGCAUCGGCAUGUACGAGCGCGGCGCCAACAGCGACAUUCAGGGCGCCAACAGCGAGGGCGCGCUCAACCUGACGGGCUGGGAGACGGUCAAGAAGACGGGCAGCGUGUGGCAGAACAAGGACGGCCACCCGAGCAUCGCCUUUGAGAACAUGGCGCUGGAAAAGGCGUGGAGCCUCAUCAUCGGCGAGUCGCCGCUGGCGGCGAGCCAGUUUAACGAGGCGGAUGGCAACUAG